AACUUCCCAGGUGGGAUUGCUUGGAGUUAAUAGACUGAACUCAGAGCCCCAAACGAACGCAGUGCAUUCCGGGCACGCAGCGAACACCCUGCAGAGGCUUUCCAAGAAUCCCUCGGCAUGGCGAGAAAAGGCUCUUUCGGGUCACACCAGGUGAUAUCCUUGUUCACUUUUGCCAUCGGUGUCAACAUCUGCUUGGGAUUCACAGCAAGUCGGAUCAAGAGGGCAGAAUGGGACGAAGGACCUCUCACAGAGUUAUCUGACUCUCCGUGGACCAACACAUCUGGAUCCUGCAAGGGCAGAUGCUUCGAACUCCAAGAGGUGGGACCCCCUGACUGUCGCUGUGACAACCUAUGUAAGAGCUACAGCAGCUGCUGCCACGACUUUGAUGAGCUCUGCUUGAAAACAGCUCGCGGCUGGGAGUGCACCAAAGACAGAUGUGGGGAAGUACGAAACGAGGAGAAUGCCUGUCACUGCUCAGAAGACUGCCUGUCCCGGGGAGACUGCUGUACCAAUUACCAAGUGGUCUGCAAAGGAGAAUCACACUGGGUAGACGAUGACUGUGAAGAAAUAAAAGUCCCUGAAUGCCCUGCAGGGUUUGUCCGCCCUCCAUUGAUCAUCUUCUCUGUGGACGGGUUCCGUGCAUCGUACAUGAAGAAAGGUAGCAAGGUCAUGCCCAACAUCGAGAAGCUGCGUUCAAGACGGAAUUUAAGGAAUGACUUGCUGGUAGCCGCAGAUUCCAUCACUAACACUAUGUCCUCGCUGGUGAAAGAGCUGAAUUCAGAGGUGGCGAGUGAAACAGACAGUACUGUGGAUUCUGAAUUUGCAAAAACACAGUUCGAAGGUCUGGUUCCAUCACCAACAUCUGAAAAGGCUUUUCUAGCCCAAAUCCACGCCCGAAAACCCGGGUACAUCCACGGCGGAGCUGCAAGUACCAUGCACGGCGACAUUUAUGCAAAGGGUUUAUAUCCAGAAUCCCAUGGGAUUGUUGGCAAUUCAAUGUAUGAUCCUGUAUUCGACGCUACUUUCCAUCUUCGAGGGCGAGAGAAGUUUAACCAUCGAUGGUGGGGAGGUCAACCUCUAUGGAUUACAGCCACCAAGCAAGGGGUGAGAGCUGGAACAUUCUUUUGGUCUGUGACCAUCCCUCAUGAGCGGAGAAUCUUAACCAUCCUGCAAUGGCUUUCACUACCAGACAAUGAGAGGCCCUCAGUUUAUGCCUUCUAUUCUGAGCAGCCCGAUUUCUCUGGACACAAAUAUGGCCCUUUUGGCCCUGAGGAGUGUAGUUAUGGCUCACCUCUUACUCCGGCUAAGAGACCUAAGAGGAAAGUUGCCCCUAAGAGGAGACAGGAAAGACCAGUUUCUCCUCCAAAGAAAAGAAGAAGGAAAUUGCAUAGGACGGAUCAUUAUGCAGCCGAAGCUCGUCAGGACAAAAUGACAAAUCCCCUGAGGGAGAUUGACAAAACCGUGGGGCAGCUAAUGGAUGGACUGAAACAGCUCAAACUGCAUCGGUGUGUGAAUGUUAUCUUUGUUGGAGACCAUGGAAUGGAAGACGUGACCUGUGACAGAACCGAGUUCUUGAGCAACUAUCUGACUAACGUGGAUGAUAUUACUUUAGUUCCUGGAACGCUAGGAAGAAUUCGAUCCAAAUUUAGCAAUAAUCCUAAGUAUGACCCUAAAGCCAUUAUUGCUAAUCUUACGUGUAAAAAACCCGAUCAGCACUUUAAGCCUUACAUGAAACAGCACCUUCCCAAACGUUUGCAUUAUGCCAACAACAGGAGAAUCGAGGAUAUCCAUCUGCUGGUGGAUCGUAGAUGGCACAUUGCAAGGAAACCUUUGGAUGUUUAUAAGAAGCCAUCAGGAAAAUGUUUUUUCCAGGGUGACCAUGGCUUUGAUAACAAGGUCAACAGCAUGCAGACUGUUUUCGUAGGUUAUGGCCCAACUUUUAAGUACAGGACGAAAGUGCCUCCAUUUGAAAACAUCGAGCUUUACAAUGUUAUGUGCGAUCUCCUAGGAUUGAAGCCGGCUCCCAAUAACGGGACCCACGGAAGUUUGAAUCACUUACUACGGACAAAUACCUUUAGGCCAACCAUCCCAGAGGAAGUUACUAGACCCAAUUACCCAGGGAUCAUGUACCUCCAGUCUGAUUUUGACCUGGGCUGCACCUGUGAUGAUAAGAACAAACUGGAAGAGCUCAAUAAACGGCUCCACACCAAAGGGUCUACAGAAGAGAGACACCUCCUGUAUGGACGACCUGCAGUGCUUUACCGGACUAGAUACGAUAUCUUGUACCACACGGAUUUUGAAAGUGGCUAUAGCGAAAUAUUCCUGAUGCCUCUCUGGUCGUCAUAUACCGUUUCUAAGCAGGCCGAGGUCUCCAGCAUCCCGGAGCAUCUGACUAACUGUGUUCGCCCUGACGUUCGUGUGUCUCCAGGAUUCAGUCAGAACUGUUUGGCCUAUAAAAAUGAUAAACAGAUGUCAUAUGGAUUCCUUUUUCCUCCCUAUCUGAGCUCUUCCCCAGAAGCUAAAUAUGACGCAUUCCUUGUAACCAACAUGGUUCCAAUGUAUCCCGCUUUCAAGCGUAUCUGGACUUAUUUCCAAAGGGUUUUGGUGAAGAAAUAUGCCUCAGAAAGGAAUGGAGUCAAUGUAAUCAGUGGACCAGUUUUUGACUACAAUUACGAUGGCUUACGCGACACUGAGGAUGAAAUCCGACAGUAUGUGGAAGGCAGCUCUAUUCCUGUCCCAACUCACUACUAUAGCAUCAUCACCAGCUGCCUGGACUUCACUCAGCCCGCAGACAAGUGUGAUGGUCCCCUCUCUGUGUCCUCUUUCAUCCUUCCUCACCGGCCCGACAACGACGAAAGCUGCAAUAGCUCAGAGGAUGAGUCCAAGUGGGUAGAGGAUCUCAUGAAGAUGCACACUGCUCGGGUGCGAGACAUUGAACACCUCACUGGUUUGGACUUCUACCGGAAGACGAGCCGGAGCUAUUCAGAAAUUCUGGCCCUCAAGACAUACCUGCAUACAUACGAGAGCGAGAUUUAACUUUCUGGGCAUGUGCAGUGUGUUCUCAGCAACUGGUGUAUAUUUUUAUAUUGUGUUUGUAUUUAUUAAUUUGAAGCAGGACAUAAAAAAAACACUUAGUAUUUUAAUCCUAUACCAAAUCUGACAUAGUAAACCUGUUAUUUUUCCUUUAAUGCUUGAGUUAGACUGAGCUGUGUUCUGAGUAGAGAACUUCUAGCGAACACUGCGGCUCAUGAUCCAAGCAGAAGCUUCCACAUGGUGCUGCAGACUGAACAUUUGCAGCGAGGAAAUACUAAUUUUCCAGUGCACAGUUACCACACGUAGUCCUGUUCCGUAUUGAGAUACUGAUUUUGUAAAGCUACAUUCAUCUGCUGUUAACGCUGACCGACAUAUUUAAGCCUUAUAGACCAAUCGUAACGAUAAUAAAUCACACGUUCAGAUUUCCCCUGG